GGUUUGCCCCGCGCGGCGAGCCGGCAGCAGCGUGGGGUUACCGGUGUCACGGGUGUCACCCCACCCGCGUUCCCCAGCGCGCCCCCGGGAGCUGCGGGUGAGCCGCGGCCGGACCAUUGCGCGCGUCCCCGCCACCAAGUGCGUUCCACUGUGCGUGUUCCCAACCUCUGCCCGCGUCCCCCGAGCGCUGUCAGUGUCCCCGGCAGCCGCGCAGCCCCCGAGUGGCACCUCCGGGGUCACCCCCGCUGCCGUGGGGCUGCCCUGACCCCUCCGCGGGGCUGAACCCCCUCACGGAGGAGGGGGUCAGAGGUGUCCGAGCCCCCCCCGGGACCGCGCGAAGGCUCCGGAGCUGCGCGGGGGCAGCGCGGGCUCCGCGGGUCGGGAUGUCCCCGUUCACCCUAACGAGUUCUCAGCGCCCCACGCGUGACCGGGCAGUGGCGACACCGCAGCGGGGCACAGAUCCCGGCACACCCCCCGCGGGUGGGAACGCCCCCCUCCGCCGCCCAUCCCGGCUGGAAUGCCGCGGGGGGGCGGGCAGGAAGGAGUUAACUCGGUGUGGAUGAUAACGGCCCUUUGUGUCACCAGUGGGGGGGGCGAGCACGGGCUCGGCCCCGCCGGCGCGGGCGGGGGUGUGGAAGCCACUCUGGGUCCGUGGGCGAUGCUGGCGGUGCUGGCCCCGCUGCUGGCCCCGCUGCUGGCCCCGCUGCUGGCCCUGGCCAGCCCGGCGCCGCUGACCCUCGCCGUGGUGCUGCCCCGCCGCAACCUCACCUACCCGUGGGCUUGGCCGCGCGUGGGUCCCGCCGUGCGCCUGGCCGCCGCCGCCGUCAACGCCCGGCGGGAUCUGCUGCCCGGCUUCGCGCUGGGCUGGGUGUUCGGCGACAGCGAGGACCGCCACGGGGUGUGCUCCGAGAUGGCCGCGCCGCUGGUGGCCGUGGACCUGUGGCUCGCCCACCAGCCCGCGGCGUUCCUGGGGCCGGGCUGCGUGUACUCGGCGGCGCCGGUGGCCCGCUUCACCAGCCACUGGCGGCUGCCGCUGGUCACGGCGGGCGCCGAGGCUCACGGCUUCGACGACAAGAGCGAGGGGUUCGGCUUGACCACCCGCGCCGGCCCCAGCCACCGCAAGCUGGGCGAGCUGGGCGUGCAGCUGCACCGGCGCUUCAACUGGACGCGGCGGGCGCUGCUGGUCUACUGGGACGAGCCGGCGGACGACCGGCCCUAUUACUUCGCCGCCGAGGGUCUGUACGUGCAGCUGCCCACCCUGCAAAACCUCACGGUCAUGGACGUGGUGUUCCGCCACGGCGGCAACUUCUCCUUCAUCAUCCAGGAGAUCAAGGCCAAGGGGCGCAUCGUGUACGUGUGCUGCGGGCCGGACACGCUGCGGGAGCUGAUGCUGCAGGCGGAGCAGGCGGGGCUGACGGGCGGCGACUUCGCCUUCUUCUACAUCGACACGCUCGGGGCCAGCCUGCAGGGCCCGCGCUUCCCCGAGCCCCGGCGGCCCUGGCAGCGCGGGGACCCGCACGACGCCCGCGCCCGCCGCGCCUUCCAGGCUGUCACCAUCAUCACCUACAAGGAGCCCGAGAACCCCGAGUACCGGCCCUUCGUGCAGCGGCUCAAGGAGGAGGCGCGGCAGCACUUCAACUUCUCCAUCCAGGACGGCCUGAUGAAUUUCAUCGCCGCCGCCUUCCACGACGGGGUGCUGCUCUACGCCCAGGCCCUCAACGAGACGCUGGAGCGCGGCGGCUCCGUCAGCGACGCCUCGGCCAUCACCCGCCAGAUGUGGAACCGCACCUUCUACGGUGUCACCGGCUUCCUGAAGAUCGACGAGCAGGGCGACCGCGAGAGCGACUACUCCCUGUGGGACAUGGACCCCGAGCAGGGGAACUUCCAGAUUGUGGCCAACUACAACGGCACCACCAAGAAGAUCCAGAUGGUGCCGGGCCGGGACAUCCACUGGCCGGGCAACGCCGUCCCGCCCGACGUCCCUCCCUGCGGCUUCGACGGCACCGACCCCCAGUGCCGCAAAGCCUCGCUGUCCACGCUGGAGGUGCUGUCGCUCGUGGUCAGCCUGAUCCUCAUGGCCCUCACCGUCACCUCCUUCUUCAUCUGCAGGAAGCUGCAGCUGGAGAAGGAGCUGGCGGCCGAGCUGUGGCGGGUGCGCUGGGAGGACGUGCAGAUGAGCAGCCUGGAGAAACACCUGCGGAGCGCCGGCAGCAAGCUCACCCUGUCCCUGCGCGGCUCCAACUACGGCUCGCUGAUGACGGCCGAGGGGCAGUUCCAGGUCUACGCCAAGACCGCCUACUACAAGGGUAACCUGGUGGCCGUGAAGCACCUGAACCGCAAACGCAUCGAGCUGACGCGCAAGGUCCUGUUCGAGCUCAAGCACAUGCGGGACGUGCAGAACGAGCACCUGACGCGCUUCAUCGGCGCCUGCACCGACCCGCCCAACAUCUGCAUCCUGACCGAGUACUGCCCGCGGGGCAGCCUCCAGGACAUCCUGGAGAACGAAAGCAUCACGCUGGACUGGAUGUUCCGCUACUCCCUCACCAACGACAUCGUCAAGGGGAUGCAGUUCCUGCACAACGGGGUCAUCGUGUCCCACGGGAACCUCAAGUCCUCCAACUGCGUGGUGGACUCGCGCUUCGUGCUGAAGAUCACGGACUACGGCCUGGAGAGCUUCCGCGUGGCGCCCGACGGCGACGACACCCACGCGCUCUUCGCCAAGAAGCUGUGGACGGCGCCGGAGCUGCUGCGCAUGGAGGAGCCGCCGGCGCGGGGCACGCAGAAGGGCGACGUCUACAGCUUUGGCAUCAUCCUGCAGGAGAUCGCGCUGCGCAGCGGCGUCUUCUACGUGGAGGGCAUGGACCUCAGCCCCAAAGAGAUCAUCGAGCGGGUGAAGAGCGGGGAGCGGCCGAGCUUCCGGCCCUCGGCCAACGUCGGCUGCCACCUGGAGGAGCUGGGGCAGCUGAUGCAGCACUGCUGGGCCGAGGACGUCCUGGAGCGCCCCGACUUCAACCAGAUCAAGGUCCAGCUCCGCAAGUUCAACAGGGAGAGCAGCACCAACAUCCUGGACAACCUCCUGUCCCGCAUGGAGCAAUACGCCAACAACCUGGAGGAGCUGGUGGAGGAGCGCACCCAGGCCUACCUGGAGGAGAAGCGCAAGGCCGAGGCUCUGCUCUACCAGAUCCUGCCCCACUCGGUGGCGGAGCAGCUCAAGCGGGGGGAGACGGUGCAGGCGGAGGCGUUCGACAGCGUCACCAUCUACUUCAGCGACAUCGUGGGCUUCACGGCGCUGUCGGCGCAGAGCACGCCCAUGCAGGUGGUGACGCUGCUCAACGACCUCUACACCUGCUUCGACGCCAUCAUCGACAACUUCGACGUCUACAAGGUGGAGACCAUCGGCGACGCCUACAUGGUGGUGUCGGGGCUGCCGGUGCGCAACGGGAAGCUGCACGCGCGGGAGGUGGCGCGGAUGGCGCUGGCGCUGCUGGACGCCGUGCGCUCCUUCCGCAUCCGCCACCGGCCCCAGCAGCAGCUGGAGCUGCGCAUCGGCAUCCACACCGGCCCGGUGUGCGCGGGCGUGGUGGGGCUGAAGAUGCCGCGGUACUGCCUGUUCGGGGACACCGUGAACACGGCCUCGCGCAUGGAGUCCAACGGGGAGGCCCUGAAGAUCCACAUCUCGGGGGUCACCAAGGCCGUGCUGGAGGAAUUCGGGGGCUUCGAGCUGGAGCUGCGGGGGGACGUGGAGAUGAAGGGCAAGGGCAAGCUCAGGACCUACUGGCUGCUGGGGGAGCGCGGGAGCAGCACCCGGGGGUGACCCCCCCCGCACCCCAAAACCGGCACCGCCACCCCCGAACCCCCCCCGGGGGGGGGCUGGGGGCCCCCCGGAUCCCCGCGGCCCCCGGGGGGCUCCCCCCACACCGGGGGUCUCACUUUUGUAAUAAAGCUGCUGCAAACGCA